AUGGCGGAGUUAUUUUUCUUCAGAGCCAUUGCAAAAAUCAACAUCUCUCACAGACCUACAGUAUCCAGCCGCUGUGAGGCUCACCCCCAAAACAGCAUGUGUCCCAUGUAUAUACACAGGGUAUCGUCUAGCUCUUGUGUCAGGCCUGUUCUGUUGAUGCUGGUGUUUAUAACAGUUGUGUAUUCAGCAGCUGUGGGAGGCCAGAGUGAAGACUUUAUAAACUUUUUAAAUGCCUUUAAUAGGAACAGCCCUGAGCCUGCAGUCGUAACUGUCUCAGAUCCAUCAAAUGCUGCUGGUGAUCCAGACUCAAUGGCAGAAUUAUUCAGUGAGACUCCAGAGACUGAUUCAGUGGAAUAUCCAGACACUACUGAAGAAAAAUCUACAGAGAACAGCAACUCUCGUGAUCGAACAGACAGUAAAAGUGCAGAAACGGCAUGCAUGGACAAAUAUAUGAAGACAGAGACUGAGAAGCAACCCAUCAAAACACAAGGUCCAAUCACAGAGAACAGGAGCAGCCAGGAGAUGUAUGAACCUUGGGAUUCUGUGACAGACCAAGAGAGAAAGAGGAGGAUGGACACUGAGAGAGGAAGGGAGGAACACAGAGUGACUCAAUUCACUGAGACUGAGGCCACGAAAAUGGACAGUUACUUACCUGACCAACCCCAGGCCAAAGAAAGAAACAGAAAAGACAAGAUCGAGAUGAUGAGAGAAAACCAUUACGCUAUCCCACUGAGUGAUAGCCAGAAUAUUAUUGAUCAGAGUCAGGAGUAUGUGGAGAUGUCCAGCUGGAUGAUGGGAUAUCCAGAUGGGGAAAACACUAGUGUAGGUAGUGCAGGUGUGGAUCCACAGAGUGAAGAAGGAAUUACAAAUUAUGAGCAUCAGCCAAGGAAAUUGUGUACUGCUAGAAAGAGACUGAGGAUACCAAAAACUCAGAGUGAGCAACAAGACCCAGAUAGUGAAGAGAGGGUGAAUAGUGAGCUUCUCGACAAAGAUAACAGCGAUGAAAGAAUUCCUGCUCAAAACCUAUGA